AUGAUAACUUCCCUGGCCCCAGUGCAGAACUUCAGAAUGGUUUCGUCCUCUGCUUUGGGCCUGCUCCCAUCUUCCCAUCAGGCCUCCAGCCUCUGGCUUCAGCUCCCUCCCUGUGCCUUUGGCCUCUGGGGAGCUGGAAGCGGGCAGCGGCCAAGGCUGGCUUGGAGCCCCCCUCACACCCCCCAGGACGGGCAGGUCCAGCUGACGGUGCUGACAGACCGGUCCCAAGGGGGGAGCAGCCUGAGGGAUGGGUCCCUGGAGCUGAUGGUUCACAGGCGACUGCUCGUGGAUGAUGACCGUGGUGUGGGGGAGGCCCUGCUGGAACCUGGGGACGAGCCCGGCACGGGGCUGGUGGUGAGGGGCAGACACCUGGUGCUCCUGGACACCGUGGAGGCAGCAGCGGCUGGGCAUCGCCUCCAGGCUCAGAGGGAAGCUCUGGCCCCCCAGCUGGUGCUGGCCUCCUCGGGGCAGGACGUCCCCCACAGCCCAGGGAGCCCCGCACGCACACAGUUCUCCGGACUUCGCAGAGAGCUGCCCCCUGCUGUGCACCUGCUGACCCUGGCCCUGUGGGGCCCCAGCACGGUCCUGCUGCACCUGGAGCACAUCUUUGAGCGCGGCGAGAGCAGAGCCCUCAACCUGUCCCAGCCCGUGACCGUGGACCUGCAGGAUCUCUUCUCAGCCUUCACCAUCAGCCGCCUGGAGGAGACCACUCUGGCCGCUGACCAGCUGCUCUCCAAGGCCAGCCGGCUCCAGUGGAGGACCAGCACGGGAGGCCCUGCCCGCCCCCAGCCAGCCCCCUUCCUGGACCCCUCGGCGGUCACUCUGCAGCCCAUGGAAAUCCGCACCUUCCUGGCCUCUGUCACCUGGAGCGAGGCAAGGGACGGAUGAGGAGGCCUGAGC